AUGAAUAAUUUAGUAUUUUCAUAUUUAUUCUCAAAAGGUUUAUAAAUUUUAAUAUAACAACUAAAUACUCCUGAUAUCAUAGCUGUAAUUAGACUCUAAGCAGCUACAAGGGCUUAAAAUGCAACUAUAUUAACAAUGAAAAGGGUUUUUUUCAAUAAUAAAAUAGUAAAAUAUUAUUUAGUUCCUUAGUUUAUUUUAUUUUCUAUUCCUUCUAUUAAAACUGAUACAGUUUUAUUUACUCUAUCAUUUUUACUUAGAUAUGAAAAAACAGAAGAUAUAAGUAAAAAAUUACAUAUUAAUGUAAUUAUUGCCAAUAAAGAGAUAAUUGUAUUAAAAGUUGUAUCUAAAUUUAAGUUGACAAUUUGUAAUAUAGAUGUAAAAGUCAAUUCAUAAAAGUUAGAUGUAUAAAUUCUGAUUAAUCCAGAGUAAAUAAAAUAUUGA